AUGGAGAACAGUGCAAUGAGCUCUGGUGGAGCCGUAGGGAAUUGGGUAUAUCUACUAGUUCCCGUGAGGUACAAUGGGCGUAACAUACGUCUAUUAGAUAGCAUUCAAAGCAACAAUGAGGAUAUUUGUUCAUGGAAGCAAUACGUUAACAUACUGGUUGCUGCUCUGCUUUGUGCAGUAAUCAUAUCCUGGUGGAAUCCUGGGGGAUAUGCGUGGGGCAGAAAGAAUAACAAGAAGAAGAUUCCAGGGCCUAGAGGCUGGCCCAUAAUCGGAAGCUUAAUGGAAAUGAGUGGCGGCCAUGCUCACCGUAAGCUUGCCCAUUUGGCCAGUAUUCACGAAGCGAAAAAGCUCAUGGCGUUCAGCUUGGGCUCAACCCGAGCAGUCAUAACGUCAGAUCCAGAGGUGGCGAGGGAGCUCUUGAGCUCCCCUUACUUUGCCGACAGGCCACUCAAACAAUCUGCCAAACAACUCAUGUUCGGGAGGGCGAUAGGCUUUGCACCCAACGGCGACUACUGGAGGAUGCUGCGUAGGAUUUCGGCUGCUCAUCUCUUUAGUCCACGAAGAAUUGCUGUGCACGAAGCCGGGCGUCAGGCAGAAUGUCUGAAGAUGCUAUGUGAUAUACGCAAUGAGUGCGUAUCCAAGGGUGCUGUCUACCUCCGUCCACAUCUCCAGGCGGCGGCUCUCAACAACAUCAUGGGAAGCGUGUUUGGUCUAAGGUUGGAUGGUGACGGAGAAGGCAGGGAAGUAAGGGAAAUGGUGGAGGAGGGGUUUGAACUGCUAGGGGCAUUCAACUGGGCAGAUCAUCUUCCCUGGCUACGACCACUUGACCCUUGGCGAAUCCACUCUCGCUGCGCUCAACUCGUACCUCGCGUUAGGGUUUUCGUUCAGCACAUCAUCGACCAACAUCGUCAGUCCGCUGUGCCCAGGAACACAGCCGAUUCAGAUUUCGUGGAUGUGCUCCUUUCGCUUCAAGGGUGCGACAAGCUAAACGACGAUGACAUGGUUGCGGUUCUUUGGGAGAUGAUAUUCCGCGGCACGGACACUGUAGCUCUAGUUACAGAGUGGACCAUGGCAGAGUUGGUAAUGAAUGACGAAAUACAAAGCAGAGCUCAGGCAGAGAUAGAGGCAGUGGUAGGGCGGGAUAGAAGCGUAUGUGAUGAGGAUAUUGCAAGGCUUCCAUACCUGCAAGCGGUGGUAAAAGAGAGUUUGAGAAUGCAUCCACCGGGACCUCUACUGUCGUGGGCGCGCUUGUGCACCGAGGACGUUGAUAUAGCAGGUGGUAUGAAUGUUCCGGCCGGGACGACAGCCAUGGUUAACAUGUGGUCCAUCGCUCACGACCCGAAGAUCUGGGAAUCGCCUCAUGAAUUCCGGCCGGAGAAAUUUCUUGAACAGAAAGUAAACGUUUUGGGUAAUGACCUGAGGCUUGCGCCCUUCGGUGCGGGUCGACGGGUGUGCCCGGGAAAGGCUCUGGGCCUCACCACUGUUCAUCUCUGGGUGGCAAAACUACUUCACCAUUACAAGUGGGUUCCUUCUCCUGAACAUCCGAUAGAUCUCACCGAGGUUCUCAAGUUGUCCUCUCAAAUGGCCACGCCCCUUACUGCGAUUCCCACAACUACAAAUCCUUACUAAAAACUCCUUAUUUCUCACAAUCAUCACGUUGUUUUCAAGGUUACCAUUUUAUUUUAUGUUUUGACUUCUGCAGAAUAGUCUAAACCAAGUAUGCAUAACAAUGGACCCCGCUGAAAUUCAGCGAUUAUAAAUGGGUUGCGUAACGAUGAAUUGUCACAGAAUAAC